AUGAGCGGCUUCUUCUCGCGCCUGGACCCACGGCGGGUGCCAUGGGGGGCGGCGGGCCAUGCCCUGCGCACCCGCGUCCUGCGCACCAAGCCUGUGGAGUCGAUGCUGGAGGGCACGGGGACUGCCGCCGUCCAGGGUGCCAGGCUGGCCAAGGUCCUCACCACCCUUGACCUCAUCUCCCUCGGCGUCGGGAGCUGCGUGGGCACCGGCAUGUAUGUGGUGUCCGGCCUGGUGGCGAAGGAGAUGGCGGGGCCCGGGGUCAUCGUUUCCUUCAUCAUAGCCGCUGUCGCCUCAAUCUUGUCGGGCGUUUGCUACGCUGAGUUUGGCGUGCGGGUCCCCAAGACCACGGGCUCUGCCUACACCUACAGCUACGUGACGGUGGGGGAGUUCGUGGCAUUUUUCAUCGGCUGGAACCUCAUCCUGGAGUACCUGAUCGGCACGGCCGCGGGCGCCAGCGCCCUCAGCAGCAUGUUCGACUCGCUGGCCAACCACACCAUCAGCCACUGGAUGAUCAACAGCGUCGGGACGUUGAAUGGACUAGGGAAAGGAGAGGAGUCGUACCCUGACCUUCUUGCUCUGGUCAUUGCUGUCAUUGUCACCAUCAUCGUGGCCAUGGGGGUGAAGAACUCGGUGGGGCUGAACAACGUGCUCAAUGUCAUUAACCUGGCAGUCUGGAUCUUCAUCAUGAUUGCUGGUCUCUUCUAUGUCAAAGGUGACAACUGGUCUGAAGGGCAAUUCCUGCCGUUUGGAUGGCCGGGGGUGCUCAAAGGGGCUGCGACGUGUUUCUAUGCCUUCAUCGGCUUCGACAUCAUUGCUACCACGGGAGAAGAAGCGAAGAGUCCCAACACCUCCAUCCCCUACGCCAUCACGGCCUCGCUCGUCACGUGCUUGACAGCAUAUGUGUCCGUCAGCAUCAUCCUCACGCUGAUGGUACCCUACGAUGCCAUCGACACCGAGUCCCCGCUGAUGGAAAUGUUUGUGGCCCAUGGCUUCUACGCGGCCAAGUUCAUCGUUGCCAUCGGGUCCGUGGCUGGCCUGACCGUCAGCUUGCUGGGCUCCCUCUUUCCAAUGCCGAGAGUCAUUUACGCCAUGGCUGGUGACGGGCUGCUCUUCAGAUUUUUGUCCCACGUCAGUUCUUACACGGAAACUCCCGUAGUGGCUUGUAUUGUCUCUGGAUUCCUCGCAGCGCUGCUCUCGUUGCUGGUCAGCCUGAGGGACCUGAUAGAAAUGAUGUCCAUCGGCACGCUGCUUGCCUACACGUUGGUCUCCGUCUGCGUUCUGCUCCUCCGAUACCAGCCUGAGAGCGACAUCGAUGGCUUCGUCAAAUUCCUCUCCGAGGAGCACACCAAGAAGAAGGAGGGCAUCCUGGCCGACUGCGAGAAGGAAGCUUGCUCCCCAGGGAGCGAAGGAGAAGAGUUCGCUGGCCCACCGACCAACACGUGUGGGGCAAAAAAUCUGCCAUCGCUGGGGGAUAACGAGAUGCUAAUUGGGAAAUCUGAUAAAUCCACCUACAACGUGAAUCACCCCAAUUACGGCACGGUUGACAUGACCUCAGGGAUAGAGGCAGAUGAGUCUGAGAACAUCUACCUCAUCAAGCUGAAGAAGUUGAUCGGCCCUCGCUACUACACGAUGAGGAUCCACCUUGGACUGCCAGGGAAAAUGGACCGCCCCACGGCAGCCACCGGCCACACGGUCACCACCUGCGUGCUCCUGCUCUUCGUCCUGAUGUUCAUCUUCUGCUCCUUCAUCAUUUUCGGGGCAGACUACAUCUACGAGCAGAGCUGGUGGGCUGUCCUCCUCGUCGUGCUGAUGAUCCUGCUCAUCGUCGUGCUGGUGUUUGUGAUCUUGCAGCAGCCAGAAAACCCCAAGAAGCUGCCCUACAUGGCACCUUGUCUCCCCUUCGUCCCUGCCUUUGCUAUGCUGGUGAAUAUCUAUCUCAUGCUGAAGCUCUCCACAGUCACGUGGAUUCGAUUUGCCGUCUGGUGUUUUGUGGGUCUGCUCAUCUACUUUGGCUACGGGAUGUGGAACAGCACGCUGGAGAUCAGCGCCCGGGAGGAGGCCCUCCACCAGAGCACCUACCAGCGCUACGAUGUGGAUGUCGACCCCUUCUCCGUGGACGACGGCUUCUCCUACGCCACUGAGGGUGAGGGCUACCCGGGAUGGGGUCCCUCGGAGGACAAGGGCUUCUCAUACCAGCAAAUGGCGGGAGCAAAGGAAAGCCAUCGGACGAGUAGCAGGUCGAAAAGCAAAGGCAGGCACAAACCGCCGUCGGAGGCUCUCAUCGCCAACGACGAGUUGGACUACUCGCCCGAGUAG